AUGAAAUGCGAUGAACAAGUCGUCGAUUUUGUACAGAGUUUAACAAACGAAGUCAACGAAAAUGAAGGCAGUGGUUUAAAAGCUGUAUUGGAGGCCAUUAACGAAUGUGAAAGACAAAAGAGUGAUUUUCAAUCACGGUCAGCAAAGUCUUUUAAAACUUGUUUGAAUCUGACCGAUUUGAAUUUGUAUUACAAUGGUAUGAGUGAAGCCGGCGUUACAUCUAUUGCUGAGGCCAUCAAAGGCAACAAGAUACUAACCAAUUUGGAUUUUUCUGACACUGGUAUGAGCGAAGCCGGCGCUACAUCUAUUGCUGAGGCAAUCAAAGUCAACAAGACGCUAACCAAUUUAAAUUUGUGUAGCAGGGGUAUCAACAAGACGCUAACCAGUUUGGAUCUGUCUGACAAUGGUAUGAGUGAAGCCAGCGCUACAUCUAUUGCUGAGGAAAUCAAAGUCAACUAGACGCUAACCAAUUUGAAUUUGUAGAGGUAAUCACAUGAUUUCGAGUUCAAUUUGGAAUAAAUAAGCACGAGUACAUUUUUACAAAGACUCACAAAAUUGAAUUAUGUGAAGAGUUUCAGAGACCAAACACUUUAUUUAUCACCGGGGGAGGGACGAUUAAUCUUCCUUUUUUUUUUUUUUUUUUUUUUUUUUUUUGAGGGGGAGGGGGGUGAUGGAUGGGGUUUACAUGGUUUUCAAUGAACGGAGGCUGAUCAGUUGCCGCUAACAGAGUUUUAAGGGGGACUAUGGGAAAUUGCCGCCAAUUGACUGUCAAUGAGGAAUCAUAAGUAUAUUUUGGGGGAAGCAGGUAAAUUAAGUCGUGACGCAACCAAAAUCCUCCAGCCCCCCCAUAGGCGAUAAAAAAUGAGCGGCACCUUACAAAAUGAAGCUAGUCUUUCUAAGUGUUUGACUCAGGAUUCAAUUCAGAUUUUAUCUUCACUAUUUGAGCUUGCACAGAUAAAUUGCAAGUCAUAGGAAUAGGGUAAAAAAUUCUUUAGUAGAGCUUUAUGAAGUAAUUAUUUUGAAAACUUUAUGUUUUUCCCUUGCAGGCGUCAGCUUAAAAAUACAUUUGAGAGCAUUUAUCCUGUAAUUUAAAAUCAGUCGCAAAAUUCCUUUUUUAAAUCCCCGCAGGACCAUCCGACUCUCUGUCCAUAUGUUGAUUGCGUAGACUACUCUGAUCAGGUCAAUCUAGGUCAGUCUUCUCGCCUAGCCAGUCUUUGGACGGAUCGAUGAUGAAGACGGCAAAGAACAGACUCAAAGGCUUGGUUUACAUGUUAGCUUUGCUGAUCAGACUCCAACAAUUAGUAAUCAGAAGGAGGGAGGUUUUGAUCUGGAUUAAGUGGCAACUACGAGCGUUGAAGUUAAUAGUUUCUGGCCGUGUUUUUAAGGGGGGGGGCGGGGGGAAGACGAACGCUUCACUCGUCGUUAUUUUUUGGCAAUAAAAUGCGAUUUGAAAUCUGCCGUGCGUGUCUUGCUAAGAUGCGUGACCUGUAGUAAGAGGUGGUAUGAAGUGAAUCACGCGUUGUUGUGUGCAAGCAACUCUAACGAAAACUCGUCUCCAGCUUUAGGAGAAAAAAAAGGUUGCUCAUUUCUCAUGUGCCUUAAAAGAAUGUCGUUGCAAUUUUUUUGAACGAUCUUUCUUCCGGAGGCUGAGAAACGCAUUGGAAAGCUAGUUUCAUUGCGUGAAAGUGUUACUCGAUUUUAGGUGUUAUAUUUCAUUUGCGAAUAAUGUUAUCUGCGCAUGUCAUUAACAACUCCCUUCUCUGAGGGGUGACGCUAUAUCGAAGGCAUUCGUCGAGGGUAAGAGUACACAGUAAUUUUGGUCAGCGGGGACAUUAUGAAACCCGCGAAUAUUGCGAAAGCCCGCGAAAGGAUGACAUCUUAAAACAGAAGACAAUUUUUGAUUAAGACACUAGAAUGCGGAAUGCGUAAUGAUGGCGGCGACUAAUCAUUCUUCUUUAAAUAAAUCGGAGAUUGACUUCCUUGAGGAAAAUCUUAAAAAUUUUUCUGUUGAAAACCAGUACUUCUUGGGUUAUUUCGACGGGAAAAGAGACGAGUUCGAGGAUACGCUCGAGAGGUUUCUUCUUAUUAGUUCCACAUGCUUUGUAAAGCAGGCCUUGCACUCAAAGGAAUUAAAUCACAAGAAGUUUUCGAAAAAUGGUAGCCAGGUUCUUUUAUUUUUAGCUGAUUUGUUUGCCUUUAUCAAUUCGGUGUGGGCCUCGUAGAGACUUGGUCUUUGGCCGCAAUUUUGUAAAAACUUACGCAAUGCUCCGGGCGUGAAAGUGUUGAAAUAUUUAAAAGUAUUUCAUAUAUAGGAAAGCCCUUGGAAAUCACUCUAAGUGCGUAAUCUAGUAUACCGAAAUACUUUUUCAAAUUAUACAUUUGCAGCGUCUCCCGUCUUUGAACACAAUGGUGGUAAUGCACCGAUCCAAUUUUUUGGCAAACCGUUUACCAUCGUAAGCAUUGAAACUCGACAUUGCCUCCACAGACCAACAAAGGUGAGAAUUCCUUUUGAAAAAGAGUUUGAAAUAUAAUGAAAAGUACCAAUAGUAUUCGAUUUUUGCAUAACCCGCGAAACUGUUAUAACUUUUCUUGGUAUUUUAGUGGAGGAAUCCAUCGAGCUUCUCGCAUACUGAGGAAACAAAAUCGGGAAGGUCAUUUACAUCCAUUUACUUCAGAAUUCCCCAUAAAAGUAGGGUGUGUACAAUUCUUGAAAUUCCCGUUCGUUAUUUUACGAAUUAUCUGACGUUUCAGUGUUGACAAAUUUUUCGCAUUACGUAAGUAAAAAACAUUGAAUUUCUCUCAAUGGACUCAGGGCUGCGAGGAGAAUUUCUCUCAUAAUUUACUUUUUAAGAGACGACAUUACCGUCUUAAACUCAAACGUUACUGUCAGGCUUAUUAGCGCAUUGAUAACCUAGUAAAUAGCUCAAACAUACUGAAAACAUUUUUAUUAGUUUUUGUAUAUCUUAUCUGUGAGCCACGUGUGAGUAAACAAAAACAGAGAAGUGUAGUUUGAUGGCUUGUUUUCAUGAAUCUAGGAUUUUGGGAAUCGCUAUAAACUACGCGAUCACGCAUUUAGUAAUAUUUCUUCUUCUUCUAAUGAUUGAUACUGGAAGAAAAUAAUAACGGUAGGUGUCAUGCUAUUUUAUGUGCCCGUUAUAAAAAAAAAAUUUAAACUCGCAUUUAUCUUUCAGGUAAAAAUCCCAUGAAAAUUUUUCAAAAGAAAUAUAUCUCAGUGGUUAUUUUAUGAUAACCACAAAAAUACUCAAACAAAAUCAAGAAACUGCCGUAGGAGCUCAAAGCUCCUUUGUUCAGAACGAUCUUGAACAAUUCUUUUUUGAAUUUUUCGUGAGGAACAAUUGCUGAAGCUUACAUGACAUAUUUUUGGUUUAACCGCUGUACUAUAAACUUGUGUGUUCGACCCUCGACUAACGCCUUCGAUGUAGCAUCACCCUUCUCUGAGUCUGUUGGAAUACCUACCUUUUAUGACUUUCUUCGUUCUCUCGACGGAAGAUCAGGAAAAAAGGAAACGAAUCGGUUUAAACUGACAUUACUGUCCAUGAGAAGAGUUGACCCGAAGAAAGAGCAGGUACAGACAAAAUAGUAAAGUUAUUCACUCCGUAACUUUAACUUUAACUUCAGUAACCCGUUGUUGACUUCCGGUAUUUCUCUCGCGUAAAUGCGUAUGAUUACGAAAAUUUUAAUACAAGCCUUUAAAAAUAAGUGCAUGGUGAAGAUAUACUUGACACAUAAGCUACUUUUUUUCUUUUUUCAGGACGAUUGCGUAGCCUCUUCACGAGCUCCGGGAGUAAUUAUUUCGUUUGAAGCACCGUUUUCGAGAAGAUUGUGUGAGGGGUAAGUAGAUUCAUGAAAUAUGAAUUGAUGCGUACUAAAACGUCACUUUAUUUGAAUUUCAUACUUCAGUAAGGAUCUGUUUUGUACUCAGACCAGCUGUCUUACCUCUAGCAGUCGUUACUGAUCUAGAUUAAAGGGACAGGGAAAUGCUUUAGUUAAGAUUGGAACACAUAAUGCGUAUCAGUGAGGGCGGAAUUGCUGUUUUCGUAGGCGACAGGAAACUGAAACCGAAACCCUUUCUUCACAGUUCGAUUUCCGUUGCUAGAGGAUGACUAGCCUUCUCCAAUUCAUAUCGAGUUAGGUAUUAUUUAUCGAUGAUAUUUUUUCGACAAAAUUAUUGUGCCUUUAAAUUCAAUCUGAUAAACUAUUGGACAUGUGACCACUCACUCCGCCGGCGGAGUUAGUGGUCACAUGUCCAAUAGUUUAUUAGAUUGAAUUUAAAGGCACAAUAAUUUUGUCGAAAAAAUAUCAUCGAUAAAUAAUAUCUAACUCGAUAUGAAUUGGGUGACACCGCUGGAUUUUUUACCUCGAAGGCUCGGUUUAUUCCUUUGGGCAUUGCUUUCGGUGGCUGCCGAAAACGUGUCGAAUGAUUUCGGUUUUAUUCGUUUCGAAAAAGGUGAGAUAUUUUGGAAGAAGACCAAAGGAACUGCGGAAGGUACUUCAAAAGACUUGGACAAUAGUGUAAUUAAGCUACCUUGCGCGAACAGACUUGUGAUCUUGUAUCCUUUUGUUUACAUUGUCUUGAGAUGAAUGAACUCAAGAUCGAUAAACUGCAAUCAUUUGAAUGGAUUUAGUUUCUAUUCACGGUGUAUUUUUAGCCUUAAUAUGUUUUUAGGAUUAAAGAGCGUCGCAAAAGAUUUAAAAAUGGAUCUUGGACGAGUUGUUGUAAUCACUGCGAAGAGCAAAAGCGAAAAUAGUUUAUCAUUUCGAGCGCCGAUCGUUUUGUUUUGAUCCGAAUGAGUGCACUUGAAUUAAACUACUUCUUUAUUAUGUAAAUAUUGCGUGUCAUAAAUAGUGCUCGUGUUCGCGCGCUGGCGGUUCAUUCUUUCACAACUUUCGUCUUGUUCGAAUGAACUUGUUGUGAUCUGACCGUGUUGUUUUAUUUUUUCCACUGGAUAAAAAUAUCUUAGAAAGCAACAAAGCAAGUUCUCAAUGAUUUAAGAACCCUGUUUAAAAUCUAUAUUGGUAUAUUUAUACCGCUUGUUCUCUUAACUUCACAUCGCAAAUACCGUACUAUGUUAAAAUACGCGAGCUCCGUUUGGGGGCGCGCGGCGCAAGCAAUGUUUACUUCUACUUGAAAAGACAUGUAAGCUGAUAAGUGCUUGGGUUUGAUCCGAGGUUGAUGUCUUUGACAUGUUGCCCAACACACCGGAAUGCGUAGCAAUUAUUAGACAUCAAUCAAGCAGAUUCCCGGGAGAGUUUAUUUCAUCUGUUAACAAAAGAAAAAUAUCUCACCUACAUCAGAGAAGUUGCGCUCUUCACGAUCUUCGGAAGCAUGCUGGCAUGUCGGCAAACUCAUCGGAAUGAAUAAGUAAUGAGAAAGAACAAUAGCCUGAAUAUAUGAAUACUUAACAACCUCAAUUUUUGAGGUUCACGUUUAAUCCGCUAUGGAGUUGUUUGUGACAAUUAAGUAAUAUUUGGGCAAAUCGUUCAGUCUUAGUUAUAGUUAACUAAUUUUCCACAAAAUGUGACUCUUAUUUGAUGCAUAUAAGCAGAUAAAUCUAACAGUGCUAAAACUUAAUAUUAAUAGAGAGGCUUUCUUAUACAGAAAACCCAAAAGAUAAGGAAUAUUUCCAUAACAAAUAACCAUUGAGGAGGGUGGGAUGGAAAGAAAAUGGCGAAUGAGGUUCUGUGUGCACUGAAGAGGCUAUUGAGCAUUUGAACUCUGAUCCCAAAGCAAUCUUUCUUUGUGCUUCAGCAUAUAGCUUUACUUUUCUAGUAACAGGAACCACUGAAUAGUCUGCAGAUGUUAAAUUAUGCAAGAGCCAAUUCAAAGCUAAGUUUCCAAAAAACUAUCAAUGUUACAUAUUAGAUUUCCUCAGUUUCCAGUUUCAACCUGCUCUGUUCUGAAGUUAGCAGACACAUGCAGUAUCUAUGAAUUGAAAUAUCUGAAGGUUUUACAAUUAUCGGAUUCCUCUUGAGUUCAAUUAUUUUCCAACAACCCCUUUUGAGCAUGGUUGAGUGAAACAGCCUUAUGUCGUUUAUGUCUUUCAGAUUAUCCUAAAGCUUUCUUCAGUUCAUUACACUGUUCAAUAGCAACAAUUACUGCCUUAACCCUUUAACUCCCAGAUCCAAUUUGUAAUUCUCGUUACUGUCAGUCAUACAAUUCUUAUAAUGUUAGUACAUAGAAUUUAAUAUUGGAUCAACUAAUUAUCCCCAAAUUGAUAUUUUUCUUAAUUCUUGUCACUUAUUUGGUUGAUAAUGUAUUUAUAUUGCAAGGAGAAAUUUGGUCUUGGUCACUCAUGGGAGUUAAAGGAAUAAAUUAAUAGCACCUUAAAUGGAAUUUUUGUGACCGUCAAUAUCUCUCACAUUUGAUUAAUAUUUAUUUUAUGUUUUUCUUUUUCAGAAAUUAUUACAUGUCCAUCAUUUUCUGACUGCUCAUAUUGUGAUUUUUUGAAGGCAGGAAAUCUAAACAGGGUAGGUAUAUAAUAAUGUUUUUUUUCCAUUUUUCCCUCUUUAAAUAUGAUACAUAUAUGUAAGGAUUUUUUGGGUCUUAUUCUCAUGGGCAUGAAAAAUGUUUAUGUUAUUAUGUGCCAUUCUCUUUUUUUCAUGAAUAUCAUUUUGCUUUGAAUAUGAAAAAUAAUGUUAAAGUAGUAAGAUAGGUCACUAAUUAAAUUUGCAUCAGUCUUUACCCAGUGGUUCGAUCCUUUGAAUUUACGCUCAGGAGUAUAAAUUGAAUGUUGUCAUCCUUCAAUAGUGUUUGACACCAUGUCCUAUUACGUUGCACCUUGCAGCUGAAAUGCAUCUAAUGAUUAAAAAGUUGCUUUGGUCAUUACAGGUGUAAUGACCAAUAUAGGAUGCAACUGCUUGCUCUAAUGCAAGACUCUGUAUUUGUGACCAUCUAUAUGAUUUUUGGGAGAAAGGUGAUAGCAAGCUUAAGCUCACAACACGCUUCUACUCAAAGACAUCCAUGUUUAUAAUUAUCAUGCAACUUCUUGAUUAGCAAAAACAAAGUUGGAACAUUUGGCUGUGAAUGAGUUGCAUUAGGAUUUAAAGCAGACACUUCAAUUACUUUUUUUCAUGUAGAGGUUACUUUUGAUGAUGUUUAUAGCAUGUUAAAGCACAAAAUCUAACUCAAUGCGGGACGAAUUGUGUAAACAAUCCAACAUGUUCAAGAUAUUCAUAAAUCAAGAUAUUCAUAAAUCACCAAUAUAUAUAGCUGUUAACAGCCAAAACGUUUGUGUAAAAGUAUGUUUCAUUGGAUGGCCAGAGAGAUUUUUAGGGGAUGGUAAAAAUAAUGAAAACCAUCGUGGCCCAUACCAUUUUGCAACUGCUUAAAUGAUGAAAUUUAAAAUAUUUCGUAUCUAGCCCAAUCAUGGAUUUUUAGAAUAAGGAGACCCUAGAUUGUUUAAAAUAUAGUAAUAUGAAAGUUAACUUUGUGGAAAAUGGCUAAGAGAGGCUGUUUAUUUUUUUCCAAUGAAAAGUGUAUAAAAAUAGCUGGCAUGCUGAAAGGUUGAAAAUGAUUUAAGCAAUGUAUUCCUUAAGUCUCAGUAGAGGAACAAAACUAACAGAACUCAACACAAAGAAGAACUUGUGGAUAAGAUUUUUUCUAAAAUGGAUGUAUUUCGUAAAUGAGAGCAAGUAACAUUAUUUUGGUAUGUCCAUAACAAAAACAGUGUUUUGUUUUGUUUUCUCUGAAAUUAAAAACCAGUUUUUUUUUAUCAGCUUGACUCCUUGUUUACUUUUGAGGGGCCUAAACUUGAGUGUUGUAAAUUAUCAAAAUCAUGGAAAAACACAAGAAAAAGUAAAUCUUACUUUAUGUUAUGGACAUUACAUGACAGACAUUACAUUAUGGACAUCACAUCUUACAUUAUUUUAUGGACCUUAUGACUGCAUGACUUUCAUCAUGGUAAUUCUUUUGGGAGAAACAAAUGCUACAUGCAUACCAAUUUUGUUCAAAUUUAUCACAUCCUAGUUUGCAGUGCUUUUAAUUAAACACUGAUAACAAUAACUAUAACAACAACUGUAUAUUAGCAGUAGCAACACAACGCUGGCAUGAGGAAUAUAAAUUUUCAAAAAAUUUUGAGUCUGAGUGUGAAUUAAGUUUACUGAAAAACAUAUUGUAUUUAGAGUCAGUACCUUCUGCAUCUGAAGAUAAUAAAUUAAAAUAUAGCAUGCAAUGUUUCAGAAAUUUAGCUUAGAACAAGCAAUACUUCAACUUCCAAAGGCCAUUGCACUGAUAAUACUAUAGAGAAAGUUGUCAAUUCAUACAGUUCAGUGCAGUGUAACUUUCCAAAAUAGUAUCAACUGGCUUAUUAAGAGUCAAUGAAUAGUACUCUUGCCAAAAGUUCAGAACAAUCCAAGUUUAGUAAUUAAAGCAGUGUUUAACUACUGCAAUCUGCAGUUAGUUUGAUUAUUUAUUUGCAAACAUUUUCUUUUUGAAGAUAUUUAAAAAGCCUCUUAAUAUAUGAAAGACUUGGAAAAUUGAAAUGUCCUGUGCCUUUCAGCUCUUUAGAGCCAUAGAAGACUUUUCUCCUGUUGACAAUAUCAAUAUUGUUUCUUAGAGGCCAAUUAAAUAUUUCCAGAACUUGGUGAAGAAAUUUGAUUUCAACCUCAUCAUCAGUAACCCUAAGGGCUCUUCCAAUGUAAAACUCAGUGUCACACGAGAAAUCUUCCUUGUGUCUCAGUAAGCAAGAAUCAGAAGACAGCAGAAACAUUAGUUAGAGCACAUGCUCAAUAAAACUGAAUUGAAAGGAGCAUGCUCUUAAUGGGAUACUCCACAUACCAAAGUUACAUGUACACCCAAGUGUAGUUUUAAUAUUAUGGAUAUCAGCACAACCAGAAAAGAGAUUUAACUUGUAAUUGAGCCUGAUUAAGAUAAAUUUAUCAGUUUUGACGAAGUCAAUUAUUAAAAGUUUAGAAAUAAACAAAAAUACUCCCUUAUUCUUACCAGUGUAAAAAAAAAAAAAAGUUCCACAUUGAUGAGUAGCACAAUCACCAUGCCCAUAGGGGGUUGACUGCAAACUUUCAAUGAUUUCUUCUGUUUUACAUUUUCAUUGAAGCCAAAUCUUUGCUUACAGGUAAAGUUCUUCUUAUUGAUUAUAGUAAAAGCUAAAAAUCAGAAAACCACAUUACUGUCUUUGAGAAAAUACCCGUGAAAGAUGAAAAAUCGAGCCAAUUUUGGUUGUAACGCGUAACACAAUCUCAGUGGUAAAAUUUUUUAAAUACAUUUUUCACUGAAAAGAAAGCUCGUUUGAGCAAACAAAUUACACCUAAUGAUAACACACAAUAAACACUACAUUUGAGCAAAACUUUGACAUUUCAAGUUUAUUAAAACGCAUUGAAAAGAUUCAUCAUUCUUAAGUAUCCUUUGUGUAACGCUGGGUUUCAGAAUUUGGAAGUACACCAAGUUGUUGUCCGCAGAAUGACUGAACUGGAAUCCUGUGGGAACAAAAACACAUUAACCAGAUGCUCAUACGUGGUGUUCUAAAAUAGCGAAAAAUCAGUCUAAAGGAUUGACUAUAAACGGAGAAAUAUCAGUGUAAAACAGUCGCUACGGUUUUGUAAAACCUGAUUACACAAUAAUAUUUUUCAUCAACUUACCUGCUCCUUCGCUACUAUACUUCAAACACGGCAAAGUCGGGUUUCGAAAUCGAUAACACUUCAAUGCUCAUAAGUUUCUCUUGUCAUUUCCAAGUUUUCGAGUCCAUAUCUUUAGAAACGGCCAAAAUAUUCACUUUUGACCAAGUCGCUACGCUUUUUACCAUGUUGACGCCAUAUUGAGAACGGAGUCUCGCCACAAAUGCCACCAAAAGCGCUAUGAAAUCUGCUGUUUGCUCCGCCAUUUUCGCCUUCAUCUUUUCAUCUCCGUGUCGAAAAUAGCUUGGUAACAUUUCCUAUUUUGGUUUCUGCGACGUUAUCAAGGGUCGGGGGUCUUCAAGCUCAAUAAUUUUUCUGAGAUUUAGCCAUCUGUAAAUAUCGCUUCAAGUGCGCUUGACAAGAGGUAUGGUUAACGAAAAGGAAGAAAAGCUUGCGAGGAUCAAAGAGUGGAGGAGGAAAAAGCAGGAAAAGAAUAGGCUAAGGAAUCUAAAAUAUAAUGAAAAGAAUCGCAAAAAGAGAGCUGAAUUUCCAAGAGAAAAAUGGUGAUGUGAUCUUCAAGUUGUAAAAAGAGGCAGAAAGUCAGUUUUUAGAGUGCCAGUUGAUCUCACUAGGGAGAUACUAGCCUCCAUGUAAUACAAAAUGUUAUUAUUUCUACUUUUUACUGUGUCAGUGAACUCGAAAUUGAUUAUUUGUGAAAAAGACCACACCCACAAGGGAUUAUGGGUAAAUACAAAUUUGAAUCAAAUGUGACAAAAAUAAAAUAGUUUGAAAUAAAUCAGUUGUAAUAGUAAAUGUGAAUUUAAAACAGACCUAAAGAAGUGAUUUUGUCCCAAACUAGCAAUUUUCACAUUUUCCAUACAUGUUACAGAAAUGGGUAUGGUGAUUGUGCUACUCAUCAUUGUAAUAUCCGUACCAAAGUUGUGUCCAUUAUAGGAAGUUUUUACCCCCAGGCGCAAAAUCUAACUACAGAAUAAGGGAUACCACUAGAUUUUUAAAAGGCUAUAUAAAGCAGCUUUCUUCUUAUUAUUAUUAUUAAAUGAUUUUUGUCUGAAUUGUCAAUUCACAAGAAAAAAGUGUCAAGUGAACACAAAAAAUUGAAGGUUGAAUUUUUUUUGUAAUUUCUGUAACAAAGUUUAACACAAAAAUUUUGGAAGCCUUUGUUAAAGGAAAGUUUCUUUACUGCUGAUAGUCAAGUACCCUGUGAGGAAUGUUUUUACAAAUUAUAAAUUGAAAAGUGUGCUGAAUAAGUUUGUUGAGGAAAUUAGUUUCCAAAAAAUUGGUCUCUGAAUGUAAUGUCUGUAACAUGGAAUUGCCCUCAUGAUUCUCAGAAUAAGCACACAUGCAAGAAACUUCUGUUUAGUAACAUUAUGAUGUACAACUUUUGAUUAAUAGUUUAAUUUCGGUUCUAUUCCUCAUAGGGACUCAGAAUUUUUUCUUUGUCACACGUUCUGACAAGACAAAAGAAACAUUUUUCUUUAUUUCAAUAUUGGAGUUGUUACACCACAAAUGUUCUUUGGCAACAAAGGAGAAAAAAACAUUGUAACUGUAUAAAUUUUUUGCAUACAAACAAUGUUCAUUUUUGGAAACUAUACAGCUUUAAAAUUCAUUUGUUACACCCAUUUGUUUACCAGUAUUUAAGCUUACCCAUCACAAUUGAGUGCUAUUGAGGUCAAAAGGAAAAGAUGUGGAUGAACAAAAGAAAUUUCUAGCUACAUGUGCAUUAGUUUUUGUUUUUCUUGAAUUAUUAUCAUUUAAUUGCGUUAUACUGUGUUAACUUAUUAUACGCUAAGCGUGACAUCAAUCAGACUUUUAAAACCAAAACAAAGACCAAGCAUGCAAACUUGACCAAAACAAAACAUAGUGUGUCCUUUAUUGUUUAAAAAUAAUAUAUGCACAUAUUGAACAUGCUAAGCAUGUUGUGUUGGGGUGUUGUUUGUGUGUGUUAUCACCUUUGUCCCUGAAAUCAUACCAAGGGUCACAUUCAGUCAGCCAUUGUGUAUAAUGGUAGUUUUUGUUGUUGUUGUGGUUGUUGUUGUUGUUGUUAUUGUUUUUUUAUUCCAGUUGACUUUUAAUAGUUAUAAUUAAAUAAAUAAAGGGGGUAAGUUUCUAAAGAGACUGUGGUGCUGCCUGUGUGGGAGAGUAUAUACCAGAAUAAUUAAGUAUUAUCAACUGAGUUGAUAAGGUUUAAAAAAAUGAAAAUUUGAGUGUUAGCCCUUUGUCAGAGCAAUUGGGGUAACAAAUAUAUAUAACCUUAUAACCUUGGGGCACCUGUUAGUGCCCUUGUGACUGUCUUUGUCUUUCAUAACUGAUAUGUGGUAACUGUUGUUCUGCUGCUUCACUUUUCAGACUUUCUUUAUCCCUGAUUCAAGGGUUAUUUUCUUGAACCCAGGAAACUCUAUACAAGGUAGAAGGUCUUGCUGUUUUUUUUUCUCAUUUUUGAAACUUGCCUUCAUUUUGUCAAUCUGUAUGUAUUUAAUAAUUUAUUUGCUGGGAAUAAUUGUGUCCUGUUUCCAUAUGUUAAAAUUCUGCAUGCUCUCACUGCACUCAUAUCCAUGUGAGUAUUAAUUAUUUUGUCUGGUAAUUUUAUGUCAAGAACUAUGCAUAAUAUUACUUACCUAAAAUGUGCAAAUAUUGGUAACCAGAAGUAGUUAUAAUAUAAUUAUGGUAUUGGUAUUGGUACAGUCUUGGGUCUGGUCAUGGAACUACAGGUUUUGCAUGGUAAUCAACCUGUAAAAUGUGCACUGAUUUUUACUGCUACUGAUCAAUCUCCUACCACAAUGAAGUUACUGUGAUGCUCCUUAAAUAGUUGAUCUACUCUUGAGAGUGGUGGUGUAUGAUAUCCUUUGGAAGCUCUGCAGUUCUAUAAGUGUAUGUCUGGUUUCUGUCAUUAUUGUAGGGCUGCAAUGGCCAAUAGAAGUUUCAUAUGAGUGUAUAUGGAGCUUUGCCUUAGGGCAGCUGGCAAAUAUUUUUUCUCUCAUGUAUAACUGACUUGUGGGCUGUGUUCUGCAGAUUUGUAUGGGUUUAGUAUCUUGGUGAAGUGUUAGGGAAACCUGAUUUUAUGUUUAGACAUUUGUCACUUGUGGUUAAUCUGAUAAUACUUGCAUGCAUUAUCAUAAAGGAGAUUUCUGACUGGUUUUGAUUUAUUAUGCAAUUGUUGGUCAUUACUUAUGGAGCAGUAGGUGUGUAUAAUCACCAGGUAGUGGUGUUGCAUGGUGCUUGUGAUGACUAUCAAACUAGUUUAUUCCCACCACAAUGUUGUAUAAUAUCAAUGGUUUGUCCUUCUUGGAGUGGUGGUGGAUGUGCCUCAGCAAUGUUGUUAAUAACUAUUUUUCUAGCUUGUAAUUGCUGUGGUCAUUCUAGGAGUGGCCAUGAAGGAUGCAUAUGCUCAGUCUGAUCAUGCAAUUAUAUACUGAAUGAUAUAUAUCUUUCUUUUCUGGUGGGCAAUGAGAGAUUUUAUUUUCCAAACACAGCAACCCCUUCUGACUGUGUUUAGAUGUUUGUUUUCCUGUAUAUAUUGGUUAGAGGCACCUAGAAAAUAUGGCUUUGGCACCAGUAACAAAUGGCUGGGAUUGCUGCACUUAACCUUAUAAUGGUGGCCAGAGCUGCUUCUUACUGUUAUAUGUUGUAAAUGUUUUAAAGUGGUGGUGUAUACUGAGACUGACUAGUUUAUCCUGAUGUCUGGGACUUUGUUUGUGUAAAGAUUAAUGCACCGGGACACCAAUUUGAGAGGUAAAAAGUGUCACUCUGAUGCUGAGUUAAUCCCUAGGUUGUUGGUGAGAAAAUGCAUUAAUUCAGACUGAGUUCCCCUCUCUUACCCUGGAAUAUGGAAAAGGUCUAGUCUAAGAGUUGUUUAUUUUGGUAAUUGACUGAAUAAUUAAUGCCAGUGGUUGAAGACCUGCCAGCAGUUUGUGACGGGGGUGCCAGAUUAACCUAGUAAUUAAUGGCCUUGCCUUGCUCACAGUUGCUGUUUACUGGCUUAGUGGUGGGUGGAAUCAGCUGAAGUUUUAUAAUUCAACUUCUUGUGGUGAUUCAGAUUUCUGACUUUGUCCCAUGUACAUGACAGGGCAUAAAAUAUCUUUCUUCUGAUAAAACAAUGUUUACCAAGUUGGUAGGAAACCUCUUUCUGGAAUUUAGCUCCAGUUCUAGAAGUUAUGUUCCUGCUGGUCACAUGAUAGUGCAUGCUAGUGAUCCCAUGUGGCUUCUUUGUCAUUGCAGGUUCAGUUGCAAAUGGAGGUUGCAUCCCCUAAAUUUUUGGGAUACUGCAUGUAGAACAAAGUUUUUUGUUGAGUUUCUUUUCCCUAACUGUAGUGGUAACUGCAAGUGGUGGGUUUUGCUGUUAGGCACAUUUUGCUGGUGGAGGUGGUAAUGUUAUAGAGACUUCUAAAUCUGUUGACUCAGACUUUUUUGUUCCAUGAACUGGGACACCAUAUUUUGUACUGGUGCACAAGUUUCAAUGACCUUGUAUUGUAUCAGUAACAAUUAGAGUUACCUUCAUGUGGCAGAAUUAGUACAUAACUUAAAAAAGGUGCAUUUAAUAACAGUGACUGUGCAAUCUGUUCUCAAGGGCUGUACUGAUCUAAUAUCAAUAAGCAGAGAAACCACGAAUUGCCUGAGUUUUAAGAAGGCUUUUGAUGUUCCCAGUUGUGAUAGUGAAGUAGAAGCUGGUGAGGAAAUCUACAAAUUCCUUCUGAGUUGCUCCAGGAAUUUUGGUACUGGAAGGGAGACCUGGUGUCAGGUUAGGUGAUAUACCUGUGAAGAAUUGCAUUUACUUUUCCAUUUAGAGUGAUGAUUAAUACCCCAUAUUGCCUAAUGCCAUAGAAAUUGGGAUAGUUAAGGUGUGUUACAUGGAUUUUGCCUUCUAGCUGUAGGCUGUCAUUAAGUGAUUUUUGUAAACUCACUGACCUGAAGUAAUAUCGUUUCGGUAUUUGUUGUGUUAGUAUUUCCUGGUCUAGUCAUGGAGUUGGUUCCAUCGGCUGACCUGGUAACACACUGAUUCCCGUAUUGAUGACAAUUUUCCUAACACAGUGUAGUUUGCUUGUGGUUAUGUACUUCUUGUCCUUGUUGGGAUGGUGAUGGAUAAUACUUCUGCAGUUAUGCUUCAAAUGACCAAGUUGGUGCAGUGAUCUUUGCAGGGUGGUACAUGGAGGUUGUGUUGUCUUGCUUUGAUGUUACACUGUGGUCUAUAUGUUUGUGUCAGCUUGUGGAUCACAUAAGAGUUAUGGAGGUUUUCAGGUUUAUGUAUAAUAGUCGCGCUGGCAAUGCUCGGAUCUUUUUGAAGCUACAUGAAGUAGUAGAAACGUGGCUUUUGUAUUAAUGCUGGUGGCAUUGUUGUUGGACUUGUCCUUGCUCUGGAGACUGAAGCUGCUCUUAAAUCACUGGUGAUUCUUUUAUCAAAAAGAGUCAUUAUGUGCCAAUUGAGGUGACUCUGGUUUGAGUGGUAGUGGUAUUGGCUUAAUGCGUAUGGCUUUGCCUUUUAAUGCGUUGAGCAUGUCUUGAUUUUGUGUGUUACUCGAUUGUUAGUGGUGAUUUUAGUUCUCGUGUGGUAGCAGUUUCGGAAGCACUGAGAGCUGGCGGAUGUAGGGGUUAACGGUUUUGGUUUUUUUCAUCUCUUCGCUGACAAAUUAUAGUUGGUGAUGUUGUCGCAGUUACUACUCCUAGAUCAAUUUUAAAACUUUCCUAUGCAGUGGUCCAUUGGCAAUGUUAAAGGUGGUAAUGUGCCAGAACGUGAUGAUCUGCACGCGAGUGGCUUGAAUUUAAUGCGUAACAGUGUCGGUGAUUAUUGGGAAAUACGUGUUUCGGGAUUUUUGUUGUAGUAGCAUAGCUAGCUUAUUUGUGUACUUUGGCAGCUGUUCCACAUUGAAAUCUUAUAGCAGACGCUAAUGUCCAGUUUUAUCUUCUUUUUAAGCAUCGAUAAACAAUUCAGACGUAUUUAAGGUCAAUUGGUUUGCAAUACGACACUCAAGGUAAGGUUACGUGCUGGGUUAUGAAAGAUUUCAACAGAUGCUUUUAUUAUUAGUGAGGGAGAGGUCUUGGAUUGGUAGAUAUCAAGAAGAUGCCUGACUUAAAAUAUUCAAGAAUAUUAUUACACCUUAUGUCGACCUUGGUAUUUAGAAGGCAGAUUCCAUUCCAUUAAGAAUCAAACGUCAACGAGCCACCAGAACUGACUGAGUUUAUGACCCCCGAGAGGAAAUAAAAACUAUUUUUGGUGACUCCUUUCCCCUCAAACUUUCAAGUCAUGUUUCAUUUCUGCCGUUUAUGUCUCUAAUUGUUGCUUUGUAAACUAAAAAACAAAACUCUUUCUUAAUCUAAAAACUGGGUUGAGAUGAAAAAUCUUAGAUUAAAUCUCUUGUUAGGUUCUUUCGUUGGUGUUCCUUGCUCCAAAGGAUUUAGAAAAUGAUAUCACGAUUUGAAACCAUUCUCGGUCUCAAUUGGCUAUCAGGAUUUUUCUUUUUUUCGAAUGGGUUUGAUUAGCAUCACUUAAUGUCAAUUCUCUGUUUGACAGGUCAUCCUGGAAAAGUUAGUAUUAUGGCUAUGGCUAUUUCACCAUUUGCGUCUACGAAAGAGACUACCAACUAUGCAAGGUUAUGCCGCCUCCUGGUGGAUGUUGGAUCUCAGGUGCUUCGGUCCACUUUUGACACAAUACAUCCACCAGCGACUCUACAUACAGUUUUGGGAAGUACCUCAGUGCAUUACGCCACAUUGAAAUCACUGUACAAAGGGAGGAACAAAGUGCUGAAUCCCACGCAAUGGGGAAAGUUGUACCCUUCUCACGCACCUGUGUCUUCUGCUGCCUUCGAUAUCACACUUCUAACGGUGCUUCUUAGAAAUAUCUGUGGUUUGGGCCCUCCUGCCAAUGGAUGGGAUCGUCUUCCCCCAGCUACAAACAUAAGCAUCGCAGAUGACAUCGCCAGAGUCAAGUAUUACAGGAACACUGUAUACGCCCAUGCUUCUCAAGCCACUGUGGAUGACAGUAGUUUCAGUGCUUACUGGAAAGAAGUAAGAGAAGCUUUGGUGAGACUGGGAGGAGCUCAUUUGAGAGUUGAAAUCGACAAACUUGAGCACGACGGCAUGGAUCCAGAUAUGGAGGAGCAUUAUCGUGGACUGAUGAAACAAUGGAAGAAAGACGACGACAGCAUCAAAGACAAGCUUGAAGAAAUUGAAGGUAAGAAAAGCAUUGUGUACUGUCAAUGAGGAUGAACCAGAAGGCUACAAAUGUAUAUAUUUUCAGUUAGCACAGCAGUGCAGGCGAGCUCAUGAAGUUUUCAUUUCGGUCGGAACUAGUCUUAUAUUUGGAAGGUAUUUUUGCGUCAUGUGUGAAAAAUGAAGAAUUAGCCCCAAUGUUUAAACUGUGUGUUCAUUUGUAAUAUUUUGGUCUGUUCGGGGUACUCGUGUACAAUUGCUGGACUACAUUUUUGUGAUUUCUAAGUGUCCUAUUGAGUUUGAUCUGUUCGGAAUCGACUAGAUAUUGACAUAGGUAUCAUUCUUUUAUCUGUACGUAAACGUGAAGCUGUGAUAUAAUUUUGCUUAUGAAAAUGCGCAUACCUUUUGAAAUUUUCAGAUUCGCUGGAAAACAUGAGAAGAAACUUCAGAGACGCAACUGACAAGAUAGAGAUUGAUAUGAAAGAGGUGAAAGAAAAGCUUACUAGUCUGACGGCCUCAGCUGAAAAAAGCACACAAGAAGGUUAGUUGGUAGAAAGAGCUACUCACAGAAAAAAGGUUAUGAAGAGCGACACUGUUUUUUUGAGUACACGACGCAGCUCUUGUGCAUGAUGACGGUAAUCGCUGGAUGUCGGCCAACACAGCAUACUUUGGUACUUUACUGGUCUAAGGGCACACCCUGGCCACCACUCGCACUUGCCAUACAUGAAGAUAUUCUAUAGUGUGUGGGAUGCCACGGAAUGUGAGAUAUUCUGCCCUGGCUACCUCUCGGAUUUGAUGGUGUUUUGACACCACUCAUACAUAUGUAUGAUCUUAGGCGAGAUAGGUUAUCGUUCUUUUUUUUCGUAUCAUCUUUCUCAUAAUGAAUCUAAUUUCAUGUUCUGCGAUUUUUGUCACGCGUGCCAUGAGCUCAGAAUAUUCAACAUGUUGAAUAAUUUCGUGCACGAGUGAACAUUGACUCACAGUGUGCGCGCGUUUUGAGCUAUCAGCUCAGGAAUCAAUGCGAACGCGCAUGCGUCCUUUCCAUGUUUUAUUGAAGUCAAGAUGGCCGAUGUCGGUGAAAAUCUAGAUUCAAGCUCGUCGGAGGAUGAAGAGGUUUUGCUUACCCUUUUAAUGCUGCGACGAAGACGAAGACGCUUGAGAACAGCUAACCGAAAGACGUGGGUAAAAUCUUGGGUCUCACGCCGCCAAACCCAAGGGGCAUGUGCAAAUAUUGUUCGCGAAUUGAAUUAUGAAGAUCCAGAAAAAUUCAGACAAUAUCACCGACUAGAAAGAACUUCAUUUGAAGAAAUUUUUUAGCGUUGAUAUCCCCGUUGUUAAAACAUGGCAAAGACGCAUGCGCGUUCGCAUUGAUUCCUGAGCUGAUAGCUCAAAACGCGCGCACACUGUGAGUCAAUGUUCACUCGUGCACGAAAUUAUUCAACAUGUUGAAUAUUCUGAGCUCAUGGCACGCGUGACAAAAAUCGCAGAACAUGACACCGCACACUUGAGGAAACAGCUUACGCCAACAGCCACGAGUGACGCUCAGCUCAGCUGAUAGCUCUAGUGUGCGCCGGGCUUUACAGACGGGUCUCUAGGUUUCGUUUGCGUUUUUUUUUUUUUUUUUUUUUGCCCAAUAAAACACAGCAGUAUAGUAUAACUCAUAAUGUUUUCAUUUUGGUUGGAACUAGUCACAUAUUUGGAACGUUAGUCCAGCGUUAUGUGUGAAAAAUUAAGAAUUAACCCAAAUGUCCACCGUGUGUUUUCAUUGGCAGUAUUUUUGUCUGUUCGUGGGUACUCGUGUACAACUGCUGGAGUGCAUUUUUGUGAUUUCUAAGCGUCUUAUUGAGCUUGAUCCCUUCGGAAUUGAGUAGAUAUUGACAUAGGUGUCAUUGUUUAUCUGCACGUUAAUGUGAAUUUGUGAGGUAAUUAUGCUUAUGAAAUUGCGCUUAUCUUUCUUACCAAUGCAGAUUCGCUAAAUGACCUCAGAGAUACAACUGAGAAGAUGGAGAUUGAAAUGAAGGAGGUUAAAGAGACGCUUUGUAGCCUGACGACCACAGUGGAGAAAAGCACAGAUGAAGGUUGGUUGCUAGAAAUAGUUACUCACAGAUAAACUGAACUAUCAACAGGGAUUCCGUUAACUUGAGUACAAAACACAUCUUUUGAGCAUGACCACAUUAUUCGCUAGAUGUCGGCUAAUUUAACACUUUUCAGGUAAUGUAUUGUUGUAAGAGCACAUCUUGGUUACUAAGAUAAACCUACUCUGGCUACAAAUGAAGAUACCAGGUAAUGUGUGGGAUGAAUGGGAUGGCACGGAAUCUCAGGCUACCUCUCAGAUUGGAUAGCUUUCUGACAGCACUCAUGCACAUUUGGCCGAGAAGGGUUAUUGCCUUAUUUUAGUUUUACUUUUGUUAAGGACAUAACGAAUCUAACUUCCUAAUUCGUUACAUUUUACCUGCAUAUUCUUGAACAGAGUAAUGCAAUCCUUUCUCCACUUAAAUUUUUUGUAGAGUAUUCCACUUUACAUGGAAAAUAUUGCUGAAUGAGGGCUGUGUUAGUAAAAAGGGGCAGGAGAAGGCGUAUGUGGUUAUUUUAAUUGUCCCGAGCGAAAAACUGUGAACGAAACUUCACAAUGCAUUGCAGGCGGACCUUUGGUUUGUGUCAGCGUUUUCCUUUUUCUAUGAGUAAACGAAGUGAAAACGAGGGCGGAAAAGCGUUCUUUGGUUUUUUUAAAUUAGUUCUUACAAUGUUGCUUUUUACCGACAAAAAUCUAACUCAGACUAUCGACUCUAAUGAUAUCAAUAUUUAUCUCCAGAGUUUCACUAUCAGAAACCGCUGAAGCCGAGCCAUAAGUUUUUUUCGAAUGUUGUAUAAAAUUUAAAAAAGUAACAACAACAACAGAGGAAGGGAAAAGGAUCUAUUUAGUUAACUUUUAAUGAAUAAAGUGACUCACUCGGACUAAAAAUUCCAAUGUUAUUCCACGAAAGGGUCUUUAGAGAAAAUGAUUGGCGAAAUGGUAAAGAUGGACAGCGAACUGAAAGAAGUGAAGGAAAAGCUGUGUACUUUGACAGUCUCAGUGGGAGAAAGCAAGGAUGAAGGUCAGUUGAAUUAUACAAUAAAAGUCAUCCUGCUUAACCGCAAAUUUCGCCGUAGUCAACAUGGCCUGUAUGUGAGAGAGGGAGAGAUCAUCCUAUGAGAAAGGGCUUCAGUUUUUCAAUUUAGACAAUCUCUGGAAUAAUCUCUGCGGUGUACUUUCACUCCCUCCAAUUGUUCAAACUUUCACCCGUAAUUAGCUUGGAAAACUUUAUAUUUUGAUUAGAGUGGAGAACGAAAUAAAACGAAGUACAGUUUUAAAAAACAUUGGCAUUAAGUUCGGCUCGAUGUUAGAAAUUAACAGAGCAGGUUCGACUGUAUUUACAAGCCAUAUAGCUUUUGGUCAGUAAAUUGACAUGAAUCAUACAUUGAUACCUUUUUCAUCGUCCAAGUAAUUUCUUUGGCAGUGGUGUCGUACUCGUUCACUAAUUUAAAUUCAGUGCCGAAUACCAGUAGCAUUAGAUGUAAUCCGUAUAUUUCUGAAUAAAAUAACUAAACCCUUCCUGCGCUCAUAUUGUGGAGUAUUCAAUUCUACAUGGGAAAUUAGUUGAAUGAGGAUCGUCUUUAGUAAAAUAGGUUCCUAAGGAAAAGACUGUUGGCAAAACCUCCCACUUCAUCGCAGGCGAACCUCCAUUUUUUUGCAGCAUUUUUGAUGAAACCGCGUGACAAAGAAGGCAGAAAGGCGUUGUUUGGUUUUCAUUUAUUAGUUCGUAGUCUCGCUAUAUCCCGAAAAAGCCUUGCUCAGACUACGGCUCCAAUGAUAUGAAUAUCUAUCUCCCGAGUAAUUUAUUUUACGACAGAGUUUCACUGUUAGACACCGCUAAAGUCGAACAAACAGAAUAGGUUCAGCUGAAUUCACAAUCUAAAUGGCUUUUAAUCAGUAGGCAUGAAUCAUACACUAAAACCUUUUUGAAUCAUCCGAGUAAUUUCUUUGGCAACGGUAUCGUACUCGUUCGCAUAUUUAAAUUCGGUGCCGAAUACCAGAGAGGUACCACAAUUUUCAACGCUGCAUUCAUUAGAUUUCUUACUUAUUUUGCUACUGCUAGGUAUUUUUGAUCCAACUGAGCUUAUCAAUGGAAUUCGCCAGCUGUACAAGACUCGCGAGGGGUGGCUCUCACCAUUUCCAUGGUGUGAAGAGUUUCAGUUUUUUCUUGGCAAUAUUUUUACAAGGCUCAAAGUGGUCAGAAGAAAGAAAACGAGAGGAGAAAUCACUGACGUAUUUGUUGAGAUGUCUUCAAUACUAGACCCGUAUGAAGAGUGUUCAGCGCCGAGAACAGUGUUGAUUGAAGGAGAACCUGGUAUGGGAAAAACCACCUAUUGUAAAAAGUACGCCUACGACUGGGCCACAAAACAGCAAGAACCUCAGGGCUGCGGUUCAACAGCAUUUAAAGUGGUAUUGUUGCUGAAAUGUCGAGAUAUCCACUCUGACGUUUGGGAAGCCAUUGAUGAUCAGCUGCUGCCCCUAGGCAUCGAUGAAAAAGUCAAACAACAAUUUUUUCAGUUUAUUCGUGAAAAUCAGUCCAGCAUUUUAUUGAUAUUAGAUGGAUUGGAUGAGUCACCAUCCGGGAAAUUGUCGAUGUUUUCCAAAUUAAUUGAAGGAAGAGAACUCCCCAGAUGCCACAUAGUUGCAACAGCAAGACACGAAGCUGGAAAAGAGGUGAGAAAAUGUUGUGACACGCUACUUCAGAUCGAAGGAUUCACUGAAAAGCAUGUGAUAGAAUUUGUCACCAAGUACUUUAAAGAAAGGACGGAUUUAGCCACCAAGCUCUCGCAACGGAUGUCGCGAGAUAAAAACCUUAGAGAAAUAGCGGCCAAUCCUCUAAACACAGCACUUCUUUGCCUUUUAUGCGAAGAGUUUGAGGGCACACUCCCCGAAAGCAGAGCUCAACUGUACUUGGAUAUGGUUGAAUGUGUUUUGAGAAGAUAUAGAAAAAGGAAGGGACUACUAGAAACGAUCGAAGACUUGACAAAUUAUUACAAACCGCAAUUGAAUCACCUUGGAAAGGUAGCGUUGAAUGGUUUACGAGACGACAAGUUGGAUUUUAAUGAAAGUGAAGUGAGAAACCAUGCAAAAGACCUGACUGAAUUUGGAUUUCUUUCAGUGCAGCCUGGUGCCAGCAAACUGAGACAAACAUUGCAUUAUGCCUUCUUACAUAAAAGUUUUCAAGAAUUCUUUGCAGCAUUCUUCAUUUGUUCUCAGAUUCAAAGCAAGGAAAUGAAACCUGAAGAACUAGUUUCCGAUCCAAGGUAUUUCGUUGAACUUAGACAAAUACUUUUGUUUUCAUGUGGAAUUUUGGCCAUGAAAUGCGAUGAACAAGUUGUGGCUCUUGUAAAGAGUUUAACGAAUGAAGUCAACAAAAAUGAAGGCCGUGGUACAAAAACUGUAUUGGAGGCCAUCAACGAAUGCAAAAGAGAAAAAAGUGAUUUUCACUCGCAGUUAUCGAAGUCGUUUGGAACUGGUUUAAAUCUGACCAAUUUGGAUUUGUCUUACAAUGAUAUUACUGAUGCGUGUGCUACAUGUAUUGCUGAGGCAAUCAAAGUGAACAAGACGCUAACCACUUUGGAUUUGUCUUUCACUGGUAUUAGUGAUGCGGGUGCUACAUGUAUUGCUGAGGCAAUCAAAGUGAACAAGACGCUAACCAAUUUGUAUUUGCGAAGAAAUGAUAUUAGUGAUGCGGGUGCUACAUGUAUUGCUGAGGCAAUCAAAGUGAACAAGACGCUAACCACUUUGGAUUUGUCUGAGAAUCGUAUUAGAGAUGCGGGUGCUACAUGUAUUGCUGAGGCAAUCAAAGUGAACAAGACGCUAACCAAUUUGUAUUUGUCUGAGAAUGGUAUUAGUGAUGCGGGUGCUACAUGUAUUGCUGAGGCAAUCAAAGUGAACAAGACGCUAACCACUUUGGAUUUGUCUUUCACUGGUAUUAGUGAUGCGGGUGCUACAUGUAUUGCUGAGGCAAUCAAAGUGAACAAGACGCUAACCAAUUUGUAUUUGCGAAGAAAUGAUAUUAGUGAUGCGGGUGCUACAUGUAUUGCUGAGGCAAUCAAAGUGAACAAGACGCUAACCACUUUGGAUUUGUCUUUCACUGGUAUUAGUGAUGCGGGUGCCACAUGUACUGCUGAGGCAAUCAAAGUGAACAAGACGCUAACCAAUUUGUAUUUGCGAAGAAAUGAUAUUAGUGAUGCGGGUGCUACAUGUAUUGCUGAGGCAAUCAAAGUGAACAAGACGCUUACCAAUUUGGAUUUGUCUUGGAAUGGUAUUAGUGAUGCGGGUGCUACAUGUAUUGCUGAGGUAAUCAAAGUGAACAGGACGCUAACCAAUUUGUAUUUGUCUGAGAAUCGUAUUAGAGAUGCGGGUGCUACAUGUAUUGCUGAGGCAAUCAAAGUGAACAAGACGCUAACCAACUUGUAUUUGUCUGCGAAUGGUAUUAGUGAUGCGGGUGCUACGUGUAUUGCUGAGGCAAUCAAAGUGAACAAGACGCUAACCAAGUUGGAUUUGUCUUUAAAUGGUAUUAGUGAUGCGGGUGCUACAUGUAUUGCUGAGGCAAUCAAAGUGAACAAGACACUAACCAAGUUGUAUUUGUCUCGGAAUGGUAUUAGUGAUGCGGGUGCUACAUGUAUUGCUGAGGCAAUCAAAGUGAACAAGACACUAACCAAGUUGUAUUUGAGAAGAAAUGAUAUUAGUGAUGCGGGUGCUACAUGUAUUGCUGAGGCAAUCAAAGUGAAUAAGACGCUAACCAAGUUUGAUUUGUCUUAG